UUUCCCUGGGGUAGAUGGAGACGCCCUGAGUAUAGGCUGCAGAGCUCAGUCUGCCUGAAGUGUGGGAGAUAUGCAGACUGAUCUCCGAAAAAGGAAAAAAGUCACAGAAGAGAACAAUGCUUCAUCUAAAGAAACCAUGGGUGAGAAGAAAAACAAGAAAGAAAAUACGUCUCUAUUUUGGUAUAAGUGCUUAAAAAUGGCUGGACUUGUGCUAUUUUUAGUUGUUAUUCUGUUAGUAGCCAAGGUUUACCGUGACAACGAGGUGGUGAAACGGCAGGAGGCAGCUCUGAGGUCUCUUGGCAAUGAGGGUCUCUUUCUUUUCUCUUCAUUGGACACUGAUAAAGACAUGGUCAUCAGCCCGGAAGAGUUUAAGCCAAUAGCUGAAAAACUAACUGGAGUUUCUCCUACAUCCGACUACGAGGAAGAAGAGAUUCUGGAUCCAAAUGGAGAGACCUUGACAGUGACUGCUCAUUUCCAACCUCUACUUAUGGAAACUAUGACAAAGAGUAAAGAUGGAUUCUUAGGAAUCACACACAGUGCUCUGUCGGGAUUAAGAAAUUGGACCACUGCAGCAUUACCCAGCAAUGUGUUAUUUGCCAGGCACUUCAAAGCCUUCCUUCCACCAAAAAAUAAAUUUGAUUUGGGAAAUCCUUGGUGGAUCAUCCCAAGUGGGUUAAACAUCUUUACAGGUUACCUCCCUAAUAAUAGAGUGUAUCCCCCAGCUCCUGAAGGAAAAGAAAUUAUUAUACAUAAACUUCUUUCCAUGUUUCAUCCACGUCCAUUUUUAAAAACCAGAUUUGCUCCACAAGGUUCAGUGGCAUGCAUUCGAGCAAUCAGUGAGUUCUACUAUGACAUUGUUUUCCGGAUACAUGCAGAAUUUCAACUCAACGAACCACCAAAUUUCCCUUUCUGGUUCUCUCCAGCUCAGUUUACUGGUAAUAUUAUAAUCUCAAAUGAUGCUUCUCACGUGAGAUAUUUCAAGAUGUUUGUUCCUAAUAACCGGAGUUUAAAUGUUGACAUGGAAUGGUUGUAUGGAGCCAGUGAGAGUAGUAACAUGGAAGUAGACAUUGGGUAUCUGCCUUUGAUGGAGCUGGAAUCUAUGAGUCCUUCAAUCCCAUCUGUGAUAUUUGAUGAAAAUGGAGAAGUUAUCGAUAGCAGGAAUUCCGAAGGAGAACCAAUAGAGUUUGUUUUUGAAGAUAUAAUCUGGCAGUCUGAAAUAAACUGGCAAGAGGCUGCCAAAAAACUAGAAGUAAGCAUGUAUCCAUUUAAAAAGGUGUCAUACCACCCUUUUACAGAAGCUUUUGAUAGAGCAUCAGCAGAGAAAAAACUUGUGCACUCUAUUUUACUAUGGGGUGCUUUGGACGAUCAGUCCUGCUGAGGUUCGGGGCGAACUCUCCGAGAGACCGUCUUGGAGAGUUUGCCCGUUCUUGCCUUGCUCAACGAGAGCUUUAUAAGCAGUUGGUCACUGGUAAAAGAGUUGGAGGAGCUUCAAGACAACAAAGACAAUGGUUUAUAUGCAACAUUUGCUUCUCUUCACUUGGAGAAGUAUAACUUUCCCGUAGAGAUGAUGAUCUGUCUUCCUAACGGAACAGUCAUCCAUCAUAUUAACGCCAAUCAUUUCCUGGACAUCACAUCCCUGAGGCCUGAAGAAAUAGAAAGUAGCAUGUUUAGUUUUUCUAAUGGUUUGGAGGAUUUAUCCACUUCAACCUAUGUUAAAUUUCUCAAAGAAGGGAUAGAAAAAGCAAAAACUGUUUUGGAAGUCUAGUUUGUUUGUUUUUGUUUUCAAUUUUUAACUAGUAACCACUAAUUUUCUACGUUAGUUAAAACGUAAUUGUCCUUUGUGCAUAUAGUGAAGACUAAACCUUAAAAACCAUAUGAUGUCCAUGUACCACGUGUCACACUCUCAUGCAGAAUAGUCUUGAAGGUAUGACACCUAUCUAAGGAAAAAAUCGCUUCGUCAACAUUCCCAAAACAAGUUAAAUAGUGAUGGUUGACCGGCUAUUCUGGCAUGAGCACAGGUGUAAUUGUUAGAAUAAGAUCCUGUAUUGCCUGUGCUCAUAUUGACAGGUCAUGAAAUAUUCACUACUGGUGUUGAGUCCCAAUUUUGGAACUUUAAAAACAAACCAGAAGCCUUUGAGAAAACAGGGUUAUUCAAUAAAGUGCAGCUAAGCUGAGGCCAGAGUAGCUGAACUGAAACCAAAGAUGAGAAUUUUUUCAAUUCAGUUUUAUUUUCACAUUAAAUUUGAAAUUCAAAUCUUUGAAUUCAUCUUGAAUUCUCACUUGAGUGAAUAGCCCUGAAUUAUUCAAGCCAAAUGAGGACAAUGACUGGCCCAUACUAUUGAAACACUCCAGUUUUGAUUCAGUGGGAUAAAACCUCAACCAUCAUUGGUCUUUUUGAUGAUCUGCAGUGUACAUUUUGAGAGGUCAAUGCUAGCUUUUUGGUUUGAUCUUCAUAACACUAUAAACAUAAAUUAUGCUUUCAGUUUAGGGAUCUAUAUAUAACAAAGUUAAAGACGCUGCUAAAGUUUGCACCUGUGGAAUCAACCACUCCUACACAUGUAGACAAAUGAAACACACCAAUGUUUUUAUGGGGGAAAACGCUUUGUUUAUUCAAUAUAUUUGUGUUACAGAUAGAGGUAUAUUAAAUACACACACACACACUCUGUCUCUCUGUCUGUCUCGCUGUCUUUCCUUAUUCACACAUUAUAUUAAAAGUAUUUUAGUCAAAUAACAUCACGUCUAUUACUUCUAUUCUUCUAUUACUCUUGCAGAAAUCUGUGUUCUCUCUGUUUAUGAGACACCGUGAUUAAUGGCAAACUUAGCCUGCUGCAUAUACUGUUUACUUUUCCCUAGUGUGUUUGUAGAAUAUUCAGUAUUUAAUCUACAUCUGUUAGGUCAGCGCACACACGUUUUUAUAUGCAAGCAAAAUUCUCUUAUAUAUAUAUUUUUGUAUUCUUUAUAAAAGGUAGAGAUUUCUUAACUAUUUUCUGGAUGAGCUGCUCUUCUUGAUGGGCUAAUCUCAAAUUAACUUUUAACAGGUUAGACCGGAGUUCUCUUGACAGUUAUUUAGGAAAUAAAAAUAAAUCUCUUGUUUGUUUGUUUACUUUAUUUUUUAAUUGUACUUCAUUAUACUUCAAGUAUUGUUCCACAAUCUGCCUUUAGAGUAUUAGUCGUACAGUCAAUGCAAUAUUAGAUGCUGAACGUGGAAGCUUAUUAUCUUUUUAUCUUUCAAUUAGCUCAUUUCUAGGAUACCUUAACGUGACACAUCCAUGUCGACAUCAGUCUCUUAAAUAACUACACAUUUUUAAUCCUUUACACUUUAAAGGAAUAAUAUAAACACUAUGGCCCACAGUUGUGGUUAUUGUGCCAUCCUUUUUUAAGAGAUAAAUAAUUUAACAAUGGUUUGACACAUACCAAGGUCUCCCAUAUUUUGUGCAACGUUUAUCUUAAUUUGUUUACUCCAAUUCACAUUUCCAUUUGUGAAUGUAGUAGAUAUCUCAGUACAUGCAUUUUUGAACAUUAAAGGGACACUAUAGUCACCAGAACAACUACAGUUUAUUGAAUUUGUUCUGGUGAGUAUAAUCAUUCCCUUCAGUCUUUUUUGCAGUAAAUACUGUCUUUUCAGAGAAAAUGCAGUGUUUACAUUACAGCCUAGUUAUACCUCCACUGGUCACUCCUCAGAUGGAUGCUAUAGGUGCUUCCGGGGGCAGUGCUGCACAGUGUGACUGACAUUCAGUGUCUCCAUCCUCUGUAUGCAGACACUGAACUUUCCUCAUACAGAUGCAUUGAUUCUCUAGAAGGAGAUCUUGAUUGGCCAGGGUUUUGAUUGGCUUGUGCUGGCUCUGCCCCUGAUCUGCCUCAUUGACAGUCUCAGCCAAUCCUAUGGAAAAACAUUGUGAUUGGCUGAGAGAAUCACUUCUUAUGAUGUCAGCCAAGCAGGCAGAUCAGGGGCAGAGCCAGCAGCUGAAGACUUGAACAAAAGUAAGAUUUGACAAUAUUUAGAGAGGCAAGGGUGGGCCAGGGAAAUACAUGAGAUAACCAUAUUGACAUUGUAGUGAGGUUUGUUAUAGACACCAAAUAUGGGAACAUUUAUAAAAGUGCAAAACUCCAUAGAAAUGUUCCACUGGUUUCCAUCGAGACUGCUCCAUUUUUAGAACUUUGCACACAAUUGCUCUUUAUACAGAAUGUCCUCGUGUAACGUUUUCUGUAAAUGAAAAUCAAUUUUAUUUUAGAAUUCCUACAGUCGUCCAAGGUGUGCUGUCAAAUCAACACUGUGCUUGGUAUUGCCCUACUACACUCAAACCCAGUGACUGCAAUAUGCACAUGGAAAUCACUUCAACCAAGCCCACACACUUUGUUGGUUCUUUUAAAAGUUGGGUCGUAUUAAUAGACCGUCCCAAAUUAAUCCUAGAAGGGUUAAAAAAAAAAAAAAAAAGGGCCACUUUGAUCAAUAUUUUCAUGGCCAGUUAGAAAUUACUGAAUGUUGGCAGUUUAAUAUAAUCAAAGGUAUAGUCUUAGUUAAAAUGAAUUGUAUUUAAAUGCACCAAAAAUAAAAUGAAUCUAUUGAUCUUUGGAGCUUUAGGUUUGAAGGUAUAGUAACCGUAUAGUAACAGAAUGUUCAGUAGUGAUUGUGAUGUGCUGGGAGAUUCUCCCACAUUGCUUGUGAUUGUACGCACUAGUGUUUUUUACAUUUGUGUAAUCCGUCAACAUAAAAUGUAACCAGUGGAAAUGUCCCCAUAUAAUAUAUUACUAUGCAUACAGCUCUGUUCUUGUCUUUUCUACCUCAUGUGAACAAUGCUAGUGGUUGACUCGGUUUCAUGUAAAUCAUGCUCUUGGCUACAGGUGUCUUAUGUUUAACUACUUUUGUAUACUAUGCAUAUGGUAAUAGAAUAUUAGUGUGU